UUCAGACCACGCACGCUGCGUCCGACCACCCUUCGCAGGAAGCAUUUGCACUUAGUAAAAACAACCACCGAAAAACUUCUCUCUCAUGAUAUAAGUGCUCAGACGCUGCCUUAGUAAACUAAAGUGACGAUGCCAACGCAAAGCGUACUUGUCCGAGACCCCUCUUUGCUGGCGAGGGCACUGCAGCAGUACUUAAGUUUGUUAAAGAAAUAUCCAAUCAUCACCAAAUCGGUUACGAGUGGCAUUCUGUCUGCUUUGGGAAAUCUUCUGUCUCAAGUUUUGGAGUACCAGAAGAAUGUGAAGGAAAAUAGUCCCAAAAAGAAAAUCAGCAUUCUGGGACCUGUACACUUUGCAAUUUAUGGCCUUUUUAUCACUGGUCCAGUCAGUCACUACUUCUACCAGCUCCUGGAGGUCCUGUUACCAACCACUGUCCCAUACUGCCUCAUUAAGCGCCUUCUGCUGGAACGUCUGAUAUUCGCCCCUGCUUUCCUCUUGCUCUUUUAUGUGGUUAUGAACGCUUUGGAGGGCAAAACACUCGCAGAUGUUCAAAACAAGCUUAAAACAAGUUACUGGCCUGCAAUGAAGAUGAACUGGAAGGUCUGGACGCCGUUUCAGUUCAUCAAUAUCAACUAUGUACCUGUACAGUUUCGAGUGCUGUUCGCCAACAUGGUUGCCUUAUUCUGGUAUGCCUACCUGGCGUCUGUCAGGAAAUGAAAACCCAAAUCCAGUUACAUCAGGCUUAGGUUGGUGUAAAGGUGAAUCAAGGUCGUGCCUUAUUAGGUCAGUUUCUGUCAAAUAACUGUAAUGUAGAUAAUUGUAAUGUUAUUUUCACUGAAUAAUUUUAGAAAAUCUGCCCUGAGAUUUACAUUCUAAAUGUCUUUCUAAUGCUUGCAGAUUCACUGAACAUGAAUUAAUCAAUGUUGUAAUUGAUUAAUUAAACAUUUAAAUACUUACAGAGGCAAACUUAUUUUGUAAGUAGUCAUUACUACUGCUAUUAUCAGCAGUCUUUAACCGUUUAUUCUAAAAUCUAAAGCAAAAUCUACAAGAAAAGCAGUGACCUUGCUAAUGUUAUGUACUUGUAUUGCCCUGAUAAAAAAUGUUUUUUGACAUUUGCUUUCAAAUAAUAUAUGCCAGCACACACAAACAUCAAUAAAAAGUGUUUUUAAAAUUCC